UGCGUCCGCGCUCCGACCCACCAUGGACAUAGCGUUCGACGAAAUCAAGUGGUUAAAAUCACAACCUCCGCGGCAUCAACUAUGUCUGCGCGGCACUGAAGCGACACCACCGGCUGCAGCACAACUUCAUCGCAGCUCAUGUUGAAAUGUCGCUGGUGACCCAUGCGGCCAUUUUGGACGUGCACACGGGGCUGGGACCCCGCGGAGCCGACUCGGUCAAAGUCGGGACGAAUCUGGCUCCCCUCUUUCCUGGUGCCGUCUUGGUAUCGCAUGGUCUUGACCGUAACGACAGCGCUUUGUCCUGCAACUGUCCUCAGUCUAUAUCGCAGCACGUCUACAUCCGGUCGCGGCCAUCUCGUCAAAGAAAGACAUUCAAGAAGUCGGGACAGUACCAUUGUUGGGACGUGCUACAAGCGAUGCGAACGAACAAUGCGUCACGAUGCAACGAAUCGCCACGUAGCGGCGACAAACUUGCGCGAUGUGUUGUAUCGGCGUGACGAUGGGCAGUGGAAGGACAGCGCUGUGUCUGGAGGCGCGUCAUUGUAGCUGCAGCGGCGCGUCGCUAGUGCAGAUGUUCCUACCAAAGAACUCUCUCUUUGAAAGCAGACUUGUUCUCACUGAAAUGGCCGCCUUCGUGAACCGUCUGCCCAACCACGCAAGCGUUAGAGAGGCUCGGCGCCGGCCAGUGCAAACCGAGGCGGCUCGCGGCUGUGACGCCAUGCCACCUCUCGCCACCACUGGUCAUGUCAAAAUCAUUGCGUCCAUGAGCUAGUGGUGUACACUUCAAUUUAAGUUAGGUUUGGUUCGCGGGGAGCGGUGUCUAUGCGGGGAUGGACAGCAUCGCCGUGAGUUCGUUCAACCAUGUCCAGUCGUCGUCUUUCAGCGUGUCGAAUACGCUGCAGUCGCUGACCAACAACGUGUGGAGAACUCCAUCCCAGAGCUCCGAGUCGGACGAUGCGCUCGGUGGCGCAGGCUUUUGGGCUUGGUGCUGGUUGCAAAACCCGCCG